AGAGUCAGUAGGAAGAAGAAUUUCCUCGGUCUUACCCGUCUGUCCAGUUUUUUUCUUAUCUUCAAAGUAAGACAGAGAGAAGGCUGUCUUCAGUGAAGCCUUUGAAUCCGUCUACACAACAGGGGGAUUGUUUAAAGGCUUUAUUAUCUUUUGCUGAAAGACACACCUGUUGGCACCGUUUUAUUUGAUCACUUUUUUUUUUGCUGGAGAUUUCUGUUCAUUCUCCAUGUGACAGAGACUCACUCAGGAGCUCACUGGAUGUGUUUGCGGGGAAGAAUGAGCGGCUUUCUGUACUUCAUCCUCCCAGCUCUGGGUGGAUACACUCUCACCUCUCUGUACCUGCUGAAGAACCCGCUCAUUCUCCACAGGAAGAAACGCACCGCUUUUUACUGCACACACAUCUCACACAGAGGAGGAUGUGGAGAGAGGAUUGAGAGCACCAUGGGGGCGUUCACACAUGCGGUGGAACAGGGCACACAGAUGCUGGAGAUGGAUUGUCACUUGACUCGCGAUGGACACGUGGUGGUGUCACAUGAUGAGAAUCUGCUGAGGCAGACCGGCCACGACGUCACCAUCUCCUCACUCAAUCUACAGGAUAUGCCUCUGUAUAAGGAGAAACUGGAGGUGACAUUUUACGCAGGACGCUACAGCAGUGGUGCGGACAGGAAGUUCGCUUUGCUGGAGGACGUGUUCAGGAAGUUCCCUGACACGCCUGUCAGCAUUGAGAUUAAGGAGAACAACAAGGAGCUGAUAGAAAAGGUGUCUGACUUGGUCAGACGCUACAACAGGGAGGAAAUCACUGUCUGGGCGUCUGUGAACAGCAGGAUCAUGAAGGAAUGCCGCAAAACGAAUGACUCGAUGCCGUACAGCUUCACUGUGCACCGAGGUGUCUUGCUUCUUCUUCUCUUCUACAGUGGCCUGCUGCCCUUUGUGCCACUGGGAGAGAGUUUAGUGCAGUGCUACCUGCCACGCAUCAUCAACAGGACGUUCAUUCCUAAGAAGCGCAUCCUGAGGAACCCACUGAUCAUCUCCCUGAUAGAAAAAGUAACAAUGAGGAAGAGUCUUUUUAAUCACCUGGCAGCCCGGGGAAUUCAGGUGCAUUUGUUUGUGUGCAAUGAAGAUGAAGACAUAAAGGCUGCAUUUGAAGUGGGAGCCACAGGGGUGAUGAGUGACUACCCGACUCUUCUCUCAAGCUACCUCUGCAGAAACAGGAGUCAGGAUUGACCCCAAACACGCCCUCACAUGACCACAAUUAUUAACUCAGAAACAGCAGUCGUCAGAUGAAUGAGGAUUCUGUAAGGAAAACACUGUAAAAGAGAAGUAAAUACAAGAAGUGUGAGAUAUAUUUCUCCCACUUUGCCCAGAUUAGUCAAAGAGUUGUUGGUCUAACUAUUAAACAUCAUGCAUUCAACUCUUCAAUCUGAAUGCUUAUCACUGUUGACAAAAUUAUCUGCACUUAGGUCAUUUCUACAGCCUCCACCCACAGCUUGUCACAGCCCAGAGUUUAAAGGAAUAUGUCAACCACAAAAUGACCUUUUGUUUAUUGAUAUAAUUACUCACCCAAGGUUAUGUAGAAGCCAUGAAAAAAACGUUUUUCUGGCAUGCCUCCACAGUGAACUAUGAAUCCAAAAACGUAGAAAAUUCUUUUAGAAAAAUUUGUUUAGCAACAGCAAAGCUAUAUUGGAAGCACCCAUUCGCAAACUUUCACACAACUUGUGCUGUAUAAUCCAAGUCUCAUUUAUCCAUGCCAGAGUCCUGCAUGGGUCCAUUUUUGAAAAACUGCACCCACCCAUACCUGUAAAGCUCAGUGCCAGACCUGACUUAUCAUUAUCAGCCAUUAUGUCUGCCAUAAACCACACCACUUGCACCCAAGUCCCACCAAGUCCCAGGACCCAACUCUCAUUAAGCUGGGUUCUUCAUCCUUGAAUUACAAAUCCUGCAAGAAUCUUUCACUGGCUGCACUCGAUGUCAGGAUGGCAAAAACAUACCGCUGCCAGGUUAUGAAACAUUUAGCAUGCUCUUUCCACCACCAUAAAACCUCAAAAGGAUCCUCCCCAGAUGUCUUGAACUCGAUGUAGGCUGCCACCUCAUCCUCAGACUGCAAAGUUUCAUGGCUGGAGACAAAGGGUCAACUUGUGUCACUGACUUUUAAAAUAAAAGGUAUUGCAGCCUGAUAAUAGUGAUGUCAAAAGAUGUAAAAAUAUUACACAUAUACUGCACAUCUUUUUCAUUUGUUUUAUUCUGAAAAAUAAAUAAAUAUAUUUUUGUUCUCACCUGCUGCCCAUCUGCGUGUAGUUCAUUUUUACCCGUGCUUGUACCCAUAUAUUUAUACUGUAUGUACGUAUGUACAAAUUUUUACCCAUUGCUCAGCUUUUUGCAGGUUACCCAUCAAGUACCCAACCCAGUGUGGGACUCUGAGCUGUUUUCAAUUGAAUAUAUGAGCAGAGUUUAAAUGCACACACUUGCUAAGGUAUACUUGUACUUGAAAGUGUUUUAAAUCAUGACGUUUAAGCAAAAAUGUGUUUUGGAAGUGUUGGGUGUACGACUGAUAUAUGAGACUUGGAUUAUACUGCACAAGUUUUGGGACACUUUGUAAAUUCAUUUUUUGAUAUAGUUUUACUGGUUUUAAAAGUGGACCCCUUUUACUCAAAAACUUCAAGAAUUUCCCUGUUUUUUUUUUUCUUUUUGUGCAACUCAGCAACACAAAAAAAAAUUCUUCAUAAAUUCAACGUAACAUCAGGUGAGUAACUGAUGUAGAAAUGGAUAUUUUGUGGGUGAAGCAUUCCUUUAAAGAAACAAUCGUUUAUUUUUCUCAGCAAUAAAUCAAAAAAUGCUUUAUUAGUGCUCUGGGACAAAAAGGUGACAAAUGUGAGAGACAAUUACGGUCGACAACCAUUAUGUUUUUAUGGGAGAGCUAAUUGCAGACAAGUUCACUCAGUUUUAGUGUGUGUUUGUGCAUGUGUGACAGAUUCUUGGGUUGGAGGAGGGCCAGCAAGAUCCACCAGCACCCUCUUUUUCUCAAUUUUAGGUUGUUGUAGGGUUCCCAAUGUGAUCCUUUGUGUCUUGUUCUUUAAUAUUUGAUGAUGAUGAUGUUGAUGAUGAUGUUGAUUUGAGUCUAAUGAUUUAAACCAGGUAAUAAUUGGUUGAACUGGAAUCACUGGGAUAAAAAAUUCAUUUUAGGGCAGGGUUGUCAAACUCAUUUUGGUUCAUUGGCCACACACAGUGGCCAAGGAAUCAAAACUUUCCCCCCUUUCUUUUAAUGUAAAGAAAAUGUUAAUCCAAUACAGAUAAUACACAGCCUGAGAUUGUACUGAAAAACAAGUGCUUUAGCAUGAGUCGUUAUACCAACAAAGUCACCUGUGACCAUGCAGUGAUGUAGGGUGUUUGCCCCACUAUAAACCCCUACAUCAUCACACACUCUGCUCCCACUGAAUUUUCUCCCCAGGAUUUUGAGUGACAGAUAGCUCUGGCAAUCAUCCACAAUUCAUAGAACCGUAGUUACAGCUGUAACUCUCGUUAUCCCCUGCCUUUCAAACCAAUUACAAAUAUUACAUACAGAUUCUUUUGUUGCUGCUGGUUGACAAUAUUUUGCACAAUGUUUAGUAUCUUUAAAUAUGACCACACAUUAAGUAUUCAUUGUUUUUCAGACAACUGUAUUCUGGUCAGGGUGGAAAAACCUCUGAUGCAGUAUUUUACAUGAAGCUUCUCACUGUUUACUCCUGACAACUGGCAGCUCUCAACCUUCACAACUGCACCAAAAUCAGGUGAGCAAAUUCAUCCAGUGGGCUGGAUUGGCCCGUUUGGCAGCCGGUUCUGGCCCAUAGGCCGCAUGUUUGACAUCCCACAUAACUAUUCUGCCCAUAACAGAUAUUUGUGAGUUCAUCCAGCGUUGGAGAUCAUCAUUUAUUUUUAUAAGCAGUGGGGUGAAGUUUAGAUUGAACAGCUCUGUCAGCCUGGGGGAAAUCUGAAUCCCCAGACAUGUGAUGUGACCAGUGGGAGAGGUGGUGCAGCGGCUGUUGCAUCCCAGCUGUUGUUGCUUUUUCUUCAUCAAGGAACAUUAUGGUGGUUUCUGUUUGCUGUUUUAGAUGAGUACUGUAUUAAAUUAAACAGACUGCAUGUAUUUCUCAGUGAGUAAUUUAAUAAAAGGCUUGCUCUGGAUGGAUUAUGGGAGGAAUCACCUUCUCUAGUGUGUGACUCAGAGCUCUACUUAUGAUGUUAAUCUCUGUGUUGAUGAGUGAAAUGAGACAGUAGCUGUGUGGCAGAGUCAAGUCAUUAUUCUGUUUAAAACAAGUGAAAUUUUGAUGGCAUUCAUAUUUUUUGGUAGUCAGGAGUUUUGCUUUAUUCCAGUUAUCAGUCUCAGAGGAAGCAGAGCUGCGACGGUGCAGAAGUGUUUACAGUUGGAGUGAAUAUUUAACCAGCUGGACCAUAUCACCUGACGACCCAUCUCUCAUGAUAAGAGAGUAAACGUGACUUUGUUUUGACUGUGUCUGUUAUUUUCUGACAUUAUUUGACUGGUUUGAGUAAGUGCUUAUGAAAUAAAUUAUCUGGGAAAGUUCA